AUGUCGGGGACGAUCUCUCCUCGACUGCCGGACUGGCGGUGGCUCUUGUUGUUGGUGGGCCUGGUGGCAAGCGCGGUGCAGGCGGGGCCUGGUGAUCUCUCUUGCGGUGAUGUGUUGCCCGUGGCUCGGCAUGCAGACCUUCACGCGUGUGCAACUUUGAAUCCUGGCUUUCCGGCUGUGGAUGUGGCCACGAGUGUGCUCUACCCCAAGGCCCGAAGCGUCACCUUAGGGCACGGCCAUGCGCAUUUGUUGCCUCGGGACCUAAAGGUUCGCAUCCUUAAUGCAUCGGCUGCUGAUCAUCAAGUCUUGCGCACCGCCGUGACCGACUUUUGCACCCGCAUUGUCGACGCUUGUACGUCUGCACCGGCCACCGCGGCAGCCAGCGAAGCCGAGGAGACGUUUGCCCUCUCCAUGAUUGAGAUUUUCAUUCACAACGAAGACGAGCCCUUGCAGCACCCGCUCAAAGAGCAAUAUGUUCUGGAUGUUGGCAUGACGCACAUUCGCAUCGAAGGCCAGGCCGUCUGGGGCGUUCACCAUGCCCUAGCUACGCUCUACCAGCUGAUCGGCCGCCACAACACCCGCAAUCUCCCUGCCAUCACCGGCCUGCCGUUGCGCAUCGAGGACAGCCCUGAAUUUGGCUGGCGUGGCCUGCUUGUGGACACAUCCCGCCAUUUCAUGCCUGUGCCCAUCCUCAAGAAUCUCAUCAACCUCAUGGCCACCAUCCACUACAACGUGCUUCACCUUCACCUCGUCGAUGAUCAGUCCUUCCCGGUCGUGGUACCUGAGUUUCCUCAUCUGAGUGAAGAAGGUGCAUGGCACAACGUUCACCCCAACGUCUACACACCCCAAGAUUUGGAGGAUCUUGUCAACUAUGCCGGAAACCGCUCCAUUCGCGUCGUGCCAGAGAUUGACAUUCCUGGUCACAGUGCUAGCUGGACCUUUGGCGAGCCCCAACUCAAAUCCAUCCAGCGCGCCAUGGGUGGCGCUACGGGCUACGCACUGCGACAGCGCAUCAUCGAUGCUGGCUGGGAUGUUGUGCGUGAGAAGAAACGCACCCCGAUCGUCUGGAAGGACAUGCGGGAUUCUGGCAUGUCAGUACCCAAGGACGUCGUGCUGCACGUCUGGAAGUUCUGGGGAAGCUAUAAAAAGCCAAGCGACAAGCACGAUGGCAGCCACAUUUGCGCGCCAGUGCUGGCAGUCAUGCCGGCAGCUGGCCUGGAAGCCAGCACGUGUAUAGGCCCCCGCGCUGACAGGCGCCCCCAUACCAUCACGGUGCACGGCGACGAGCGCGUCGACUUUUACUACUGGUUGCGCGAUGAUAAGCGCGAGGACCCAGACAUGAUCAAGCUGUGCAAGGCCGAAAAUGCUCACGUUGAGGAGGGCAUGGCUGGUACUGAGGAUUUGCGCGAGAAGCUCUUCAAGGAGAUGCGAGGCCGCAUUGCCGAGGAUGACACUUCCGUCCCAAUGCGCAAAGGCCCCUACUUUUAUUACACACGCUUUGAGAAGGACAAGCAAUACCCGAUUCACUGUCGCCGCAAGCUCAAGCUUGUCCCGAUGCAAGAGGAAGUUUACUCGUUGUGGCUCAAGCGCUCCGAGUUUGAUUCUCCCAUUAUUCGCUAUGGCUACACCUCCAUGACUUGCCCAGUCUCUACCUUUGACGUCAACCUGCACGACCUCAAGGCUGGCAGUGUCCUCAAGAAAAUGGAUCCGGUUCAUGGUUAUGACGCCAGCAAGUACGAGAGCCGUCGCUUGUGGGCCAAGUCACAUGACGGCGUUAUGGUGCCAAUCUCUUUGGUGCGCCGCAAGGAUCUUCCGGCCGGACCCAACCCUGUUCAUUUGGACGGCUAUGGAUCAUAUGAAAUUUCCAACGACCCGUGGUUCUCCAAGAACCUGCUCAGCCUCCUUGACCGUGGCGUCGUCUUUGCCCUGGCCCACGUUCGUGGCGGUGGCGACAUGGGCCGAAUGUGCAAGCAUUGCGUUGGCAUUCCAGUUCCAUCGGAUAACUCUCGAAAGCUCACGCUGCGGCUCGAUUGCAACAACGCCUUCAGGUACGAGGAUGGCAAGUACUUGAAAAAGGCCAAUACAUGGAUCGACUUUAACGCCUGUGCUCAAUUCUUGGUGGACGAGAAGAUUGCCGACCCCGAUCGGCUAACGAUUGAGGGCCGCAGUGCGGGUGGACUCUUGAUCGGAGCCACCCUCAACACGGCGCCGCAACGACCCGAUGGCAAGCCCUUUUACGCCGGCGCUGUGGCCGGCGUCCCCUUUGUGGAUGUCCUGACCACAAUGCUGGACGAUACCAUUCCGUUGACUGUCGUUGAGUGGGAGGAGUGGGGCAAUCCCCAUGAGAAGGAGUACUAUGACUACAUGAAGUCGUACAGCCCUGUGGAUCAAGUUGACUUUCGCAAGGGCCCUUACCCUCCUGUGCUUAUCAAAGCUGGCUUGCAUGACCCGCGCGUAGGCUACUGGGAGCCCUUGAAAUACGCCCAGCGCCUACGUGAUGAGGGCGCACAAACGGUUUUGUGUCACGUCAACAUGAAUGCUGGGCAUUUCAGUGAGAGCGGCCGUUUUGACGUGCUGAAGGAUGUGGCGCUUGAUUUUGCGUUUAUCUUGCGCGCACUUGGCCUCGAGAACGCCGAGCCACGCUCUUAAGCAAUUCCGCGAGGCUUGUUGCGUGACAACCGCCAACCCAUAGCACAACCUGUCUUUUUUACAACUGAAUUGACAUGCGAGGCCCGUUCAAUGGCGGUGCGUGCAAUAGACGGCGAAGGGCAUCAAGCCGGUUCGC